UUAUGCUAGAAACAUUGGAUAUUGUUUUCAGUUUACGGUGGAGUUUGAAGAAGGAAUAUCCUUCCAUUUAAUAGCGCAACGAUUCUGAUACCUCAGCUGUAUCUUGCCAAUUUCACUACCCUCCAUUACCAAAGAUAUCAACAUGGAGAAGCUUUCAGUACGAACCUUUCAAUGGGGGCUAUUAACCAUUCUCAUCCUUCGUGUAAGAAGUGAAAAGGAAAAGUCGAACCCUUUGUUGCCCCUUAUCCCUGAUGUGAUUGAUCAACUACCACCUCACAAAAUAUGGGGUGAAUAUGAGGGUGGGAUUCCCAUUAAUUUUGGAAACUCAAUCACGCCCCUCCAGGCAAACGACACUCCAAUAUCUAUUCGUUGGAUAGACGAUCAGCCGGGGAGGUUAUAUGUACUGAUGAUGCUGGACAUGGACGGACCAACGUCAGAAAAUCCGGUAAACAGCCCCGUUAAUCACUGGCUCGUUGGAAACAUUGAGGUUGGGAAGGGCAACUCUUGGCGUCGUGGAACAGUUUUGGCCGUAUAUUCCAGACCACGUCCAGAGGAAGGAAGUGGUCUCCAUCGGUAUGUAUUCCUCGUGUAUGAGCAACCCGGAGGAGGAAUGAUCUCCUUCUCGGAGACGUUAAUUCCCAGUGGACCGAGUUUGGCACGGCGAAAUUUUGAUUAUCGCCAGUUUGCAAAGAAAUAUCGUCUUGGAGAACCUUUUGCUGCAAACUAUUUUCAAUCCUUCUUUGUUGAUGGGGAAUUUAAUUAAAAAUUGGUGUCAUGAAGACGAUGUCUCGAAUAAAACUUUUUCGUUUUUGAUCUACCC